UGGCACCUGCGUCGAUUUGUUUGUGUUGAAUAUUUGACGAUAUCAAUUAAAUUGACCGAAAACAUAAUAAACAUAUUGUUACAAAUACUCUCAGCAUGGGAGUACCAGCAUUCUUCCGCUGGCUAAGCCGCAAAUAUCCAAGUGUUAUUGUCGAAUGUAUUGAACAGAGGCCAACCGACGUAGAUGGACAGCUCGUACACGCAGACUCGUCAUUACCAAAUCCUAAUGGGGUCGAAUUUGACAAUCUGUAUUUGGACAUGAAUGGAAUUAUCCAUCCUUGUACGCAUCCUGAAGACAAGCCGCCUCCAAAGGAUGAAGAUGAGAUGAUGGUGGCUAUCUUCGAAUGUAUUGACAGACUGUUCCGCAUCGUCCGACCCAGGAAAUUGUUGUACAUGGCCAUCGAUGGAGUUGCACCCAGAGCUAAGAUGAAUCAACAAAGGUCCCGUCGAUUCAGAGCUUCAAAAGAAACUCAAGAGAAGAUUGAGGAGGUAGCUCGCAUCAGGUCUGAACUUCAAGUAAAGGGAGCGUAUUUACCCCCAGAGAGGCCCAAGGAGGCACACUUUGACUCUAACUGUAUUACUCCUGGUACCCCAUUCAUGGAUCGACUAAGCAAAUGCUUGCACUAUUAUAUACAUGACAGGUUAAACAAUGAUCCAGGAUGGAAGGGAGUUAAGGUGAUAUUAUCUGACGCUAAUGUUCCCGGGGAAGGGGAACACAAGAUUAUGGACUACAUUAGAAGACAAAGAGCUCAACCAGACCAUGACCCAAAUACGCAGCAUGUAUUGUGCGGUGCGGAUGCUGAUCUUAUCAUGCUGGGUCUAGCAACACAUGAGCCUAACUUCACCAUCAUCAGGGAGGAGUUCAAACCGAAUAAACCUAGACCUUGCGACGUUUGUGGCCAGCUAGGGCAUGAGAUGAAGGAAUGCACAGGGACUACCCCGGAUGCAUCUCUAGUUCGUUCAGAUCCUGCCUUUGGUAACCAGGACAGCUUCAUUUUCGUGCGAUUGAGCGUGUUACGAGAAUAUCUUGAAAAAGAGUUGCAGAUGCCGAACCUUCCCUUCGCGUACGACUUCGAGCGCGCCCUGGACGACUGGGUGUUCAUGUGCUUCUUCGUGGGAAACGAUUUCUUGCCGCACUUGCCCAGUCUCGAGAUCAGGGAGGGAGCCGUGGAUCGACUCGUCAACCUCUACAAGAAGUGCGUCUACAAGACCAGGGGUUGGAUCACGGAUUCGGGCGAUGUAAACCUAGACCGCGUUCAAGUUAUAAUGGACGAGUUGGGUCGCGUCGAGGAUGAGAUCUUCCGCCGGAGACAUCAGAAUGAAGUGAGCUUCAAGGCGCGCGAGAAGGCAAAGAAGCAACAGAAGGUCAACUUCAGUUUACUGGAAAAUACGCAGUUCGCACCAGCGCCGCUGGGAAGCGCUUCGAAAACUGUGGAGAACGCUCGCCAAGAAGCCGCUAAUAUCAGACGUGCGGGCAUGGAAGCCGUCGCCCAGCAGGAGGGCGGGCAGCGCGGGCGCAAGCGCUCGGCGGCGGAGGCGGGGCUGGGCGGCGCCGACGACGCCGACGCCGACGCCGACGCCGACGCGCACGACGAGGUGCGCCUGUGGGAGGAGGGCUUCAAGGAGCGCUACUACGAGAGCAAGUUCGAGGUGGCGCGCGACAACCUCGAGUUCCGAUACCGCGUGGCGCUGCAGUACGUGCGCGGCCUGUGCUGGGUGCUCCGGUACUACUACCAGGGCUGCGCCAGCUGGAAGUGGUACUUCCCCUACCACUACGCGCCCUUCGCCUCGGACUUCGUCAACAUACAGGGCCUUUCCACGAAGUUCGAGAAGGGCACGCAACCCUUCCGCCCCCUGGAGCAGCUGAUGGGGGUGUUCCCGGCCGCCAGCGCGCAGCACGUGCCGCAGCCCUGGGCCACGCUCAUGAGCGACCCCUUUUCUCCGAUUAUCGACUUUUAUCCAACGGACUUUAAGAUCGAUUUGAAUGGCAAGAAGUUCGCGUGGCAAGGAGUCGCCCUGCUGCCUUUCGUCGAUGAGACGAGACUUUUCAAAGCUCUGGAACCGUAUUACAAGGAACUGACGCAAGCGGAAAAACAACGUAACACCAAAGGCCACGACCGCCUGUACGUGUCUCCCGCCAACAAGUGUUACGACUUCCUGUUGGCGCUGUACACGGAGGCCGGUGACGACCUGCGGAGACUCAUCGAGGCCGACCAGCGAUACCCCUUCCGCUGCGAGGGGGUAAGGGGGGACGUCAUGCUCAGCGCCGACAACGUUCGCACGGGCGGGCAGCUGUCGUCGCCGGUGAUCGGGCUGAGUCCGGUGCUGGACAACCGCGUGGUGUGCGCGCGGUACCAGGACCCGCAGUUCCCGGACGAGUUCGUGUUCCCGGCGAGGCGCCUGCGCGGGGCCGUGGAGCCCGUGCGGGUGCUCAAGCCGGGCAACCUGUCCCACGAGCAGAACAGGAACUGGAGGCCGCAGAUCGGCAUGGUGCGCUCCAGCAGCCAGGCGUCGCUGGAGGCGGCCGGCCACCGCAUGCUGGGGCACUCGCUGCCGCGCGCCGCCUACGCCUCCGUGCCGCCGCCGCACAAUCGUUCACAAUCGUUUGGGCCUCACCGAGGCGGAUACGUGCCGCAUCAAGCGUCCCACAACAAUCAAGGUUACAGCCGAUCCGGCUACCAGCCCAGUCAAGACAGAUACGGUUCAAAUCAAGACAGAUACGGUUCAAACCAAGACAGAUAUGGCUCAAACCAAGAUAGGUACAGCUCGAACCAAGGUUACCGACAGAACCAAGGUUCGCACGGCAGAUCGUAUUCCCAUAAUCAGGGUCACGGGUAUUCCUCAACACAAAACAAAUACAGCGGCCACCAGGGACACCAUCAAAGACAGGGAAGUGACCAGCAUGGGCCGUCCAGCCACGGGCAGGGGAGCGGAUACAACAGUCAAAGGCCAAACUCUGGUUCAAACAGAUACCAGGGUAACUCGACGUGGCGCUGAAUGACGAGUAUUUAAAAAAAAAGAGUUAAUAUUAAUUAAAUUUAGAAUUUUCUAGAAGACGAAAUUUUGGCAGAUUACAAACAUGGUAAAGUAAAUUGGUAGUAAAUGAAAGAAAAGCUUGUAAUAUAAGUCACGUACUAUAUUGUUCAUAUCUCAGUACAUUGGUGGCAAUGUUGCCACUAUGACUUUUUCGUGUUGCCAAUGUUGCAUAAAAUCAACGUCUUAUCCCUUAUAAUUACGGAAUAAAAUAACUUCUAUAGAAGAUAACUUUUCCUGUAGAAAUAAAUAAUGUGACUCAGUGCGGUACACCAAGAAUACUGCUGCGCUAUACUGUGAGAACUCACUUCGUAAAUCAAUCGUGUAAUAUUGAAAAAGGACUUUUGCUCGUGUAAUGUUUUUUUUUUUAAUUUUUACAAUUAUUAUAACAGUAAAUGUCGCAUAAUGUCCUCCGGUGAGAUUCGAGUUUGUACUUACAGAAUAAACCUGCUGAUCUCAACUUGGAAAUAUACUCGAUGUUUAUAUAUAGACAUAGUACUUGCGUACUGUUUUUAUAGAUUUCGUUGACAUAAUUUCAACUUUGUUUAUAUUUCAUGGUUUUUUUUUUUCGACAAUUACAAUAUAAUGUACUUUUGACGCCGGCUCAUCCAGUUCUCACUUUAAACAAUAAAAUAUAAGUAUUUACAUAAUAUACUUUUAAUAUACGAAAGAAAGUUAAAAGCACUUCAGUUUUUUUUAUUUCUAGUAUAAUAUUUUUUUAUAAAAGAAUGUAUUGCGCGUGACAAAAGUUAUAAAUAAAACGUUUAUAUGUAAAAUCUAUAGUGAAUUGAUACGUGGUACAGUCAGCAUUAAAAGCUGGAAGUUGCCAAAAAUCAGUGUUGUAUCAAAAUAUAUGAUCAAUUUCUGUAAAGCAUUUUCAAAUUACCUCUUUAAAAGGUACUCCUACAUGAUAUUGAUGGAAGAGUUAAGUGGUAGUUUCUGUGGUAUUACCUACUCAGUCGGGCUGUUCCCCCAUUUAAUUCAAUGUUAGUGUUCAGUGUAAUUAGGGAUAAAAUAUCUUAAAUGGUAUAGUUAGUGUCCCGUGUAAAAUAUAAGAAUUGUCUCAUGAGUCUUUAAUGUCUAUAUGACUAAUAUGGCUAUAUGGCAUAUAUGGCGAAGGCUUAAACUUCUUACACUGCCGACGUCGAAAGAGUUAAAGGUCCAUCAAGCCGUUUACCCAACGAAAUGCGAAAUCAAAUCUGUUAAGUCUGAAAGAAUAUUCUAGAUAUUGACUUUUUAGCGCGAAAAAUGUUCUUGAACAUUAUCGUAAAUUAAUUAGUUAGUAAAUUAUAUCAUGAUAAAUAAUUUAAAUUUGAUUUAACGACAAUAUUCAUUGUAAUUAUUUUACUUAUUAGUAAAUUAUAUUUGGAACACGAAUCAUUAUUUUGUGAGAUUAUGUAAAGUUACCACCGAUUCGGAAUGUAGAUUCUACUUAAAAGUAUCAUUAAAAAACUCAGUGUAAGUGUAGCGUAUAGUUUAUUCCAAACACAAGAGUAAAGCAUGAUAAACAACUGUGAAUCGAUUGACGCGCUGUCAUUGGUUGAAAUCUUGAAAAUCUUGUAUCAUAGAGAUACUCAUCAUGGAUUCGCAAAAAAUUGCUUCUAGAAUGUUGCAUUGGGUAGAAUUAAACUGUAUAAGAGCAUGAGCCAUCCGCAAUCUAAGGUUUGUUUAACUUUACUCGUUCUUCGAUUGGAAUAUAUUUUGUAUUUCUGCCAAUUAUAGAUAUGACGUCACGUCCUGGGACAGCAUUUGAUGAAUGACGUCUAUUCAUACAUAUCACGUGAUCUGAUAUUGACCGAAGAAUGACGAUAGAAAUCGCUUCGAUUCGAAUAAGGCCUGCUACUAAAUUCCAGUAAAGAUUCGUUUUGAUUACAGACAGUAUCAUUGUAUAAUUGACGUUUGCAAUUUUAUUUUGAACACUAUUUGUGUUUGUGUGUGUGUGUUUUUCAUACAUUUACCGUACCAUCUGUUAUAAACUUAUCCACAUUAUGGCAGCAUGGUGGUAUUAGAUCCAAACCUUCUCAAAAGGAGGGAGGCUUUUGCCCAACAGUGACAUUUACAGGAUCUGACCACGUAAGCGAAACGAAACGUUAAUUGCAUAUAUAAGGCCGCUGUUAUGUAUUAAGAGUAAUAUCAAAGACAUUUUCAGCCAAUAGUCGUAACAUCGCCAGUACUAACUCAAGUUAUAUAAACUUAGUACCCAAGGUUUCGCAUUGGCGAUGUAGAGGAUAGUUAAUAUUCCUUACAGCGCCAAGGUCUAUGGGCGGUGGUGACCACUUACUAUCCAAUGGCCCAUCUAGCAGAUUGCCUACUGAUAUCAGAUAAAAAAAUAUAUAUAAACAGUUAUGGACUGACGACCAGUGUUGCUAUAUUUCAACUAUCGACAUACUAUUUUUUGAUCGUGUAAUAUUUCAAAUAAAAAUAAAAAUAAUUUAGUUAACGUCGCAGAUAUUUUUUUUAGUAUGUAAAAUAAUUUCUAUGUAUAAAUUGCUAUAAUUAGUACGGUUUACGGUUUUAUAUGG